AUGGCAAUUGACGGACGGGAGAGAACAUUUAGAAGGCGGACGAGACGCAGGAAACGUAGCGGGCGGAUUGGCCCACUUGAACAAAUACGAACGGAAAGUUACCCAGGCUGCGUCACGUGCCGUUUCGCGUACGGUAUUACAGCCCGUCCUGUCACGAGCUUGCCGGCGCCGCGCUGCUCGUCCAGCGCUGCUGCUACUGCUAAGCCCUUCUUCACCGUGUUGAGACUUGUCACUGGGCGCCGUGGGAGGGGGGAGGAGGCAAGCUUACAGUCGGGAUACAACAUCGAAGGGAGCUCUCUGCAGGCAUAUCCUGCACGACCAAGCGGUGAAGCCCAGAAGCACAUGCACAAGCGUGGAGAAAUGGGAUUGAGACAAGCACCGAGCGAUUAA